AUGGCAGACCCUCUCGCCCAAAGAACAGAACCCCUUUACCAAAAAGACGGUCAACUCCACACCCACACCAGCAGCAUAACCUCCAUCCAACCACUCUCCGCCCUCCCUCCAGAAACCCAAGCCCUCUUCAAGCCACCCCCCGAAUCAACCCCCUACAUCCUCACCACCCCCUCUACAAUCUUCCAUGCCCAAGGCGGCGGCCAACCCUCCGACACCGGAACCAUAGCCCUAGCCUCCAGCCCCAGCACCCCAACCUUCCACAUCCACCAAGUCCGCAAACUCGCCCCCACAAUCCUCCACAUGGGCAUCUUCGCACCCGUACCCCACACCCCCUUCCCAACCGGCAUCCAAAUCACCCAAACCAUCGACGUCGACAAACGAAUCCUCCACUCCAGACUCCACACCGCAGGCCACAUCCUCGGCCUCGCCAUCAACCUCCUCACCGCUUCCGGCGCCCUCCCGCCCGACCUCAUCGACGGCAAAGCCUCACACUACCCUUCUGCCGCCUUUGUCGAAUUCACAGGCCUAAUCCCCAGCACUGCGAAAUCCGCCAUCCAGGCCAAAGUCGACGAGCUCGUGGCCCAGAACCUGCCCGUUGGUAUACAUUUCUGGACUGAAGACGAGGCCCGCUCAAGGUGCUCAGGGGUGGUGGGCGAGGUCAAGGGGGAUGCGGAUGGGGUGAGGGUGGUCAAGAUUGGUGAGGUCGGGAGUUAUCCUUGUGGUGGGACGCAUGUGUUGAGGUUGGCCGAGUGUGGAAAAGUGGUGGUUAGGGGGGUGAAGAGGCAAAAGGGCGUUAGCAAGGUUAGCUAUGAGGUGCAGGACGUGUAG